UGAAUAAUGAGUUCAAUAGUUUUCUUUCCUUUUUUUUUUUCUCCUUUUUCUCCUUUUUUUUUUUAAACAUUUUAUCUUCUGCUUGUUGCUGAGUUCAUCAACGGACUUUGGGACUUCUAUUGUACAAUAAUGGCUAUAAAAACGUCCCGUUUCGAUUGCUUCACCAGUCCUUGACUCCUGAUGUUGUGUGCUAAUACCCCAUCAGUAUUCAAAGAUAAUGCAGCCUGCUUAUUUCGCUUUUCUCGCUACUCUUGUAGCACUUGGACAUGCGGGUCCAAUCCAGAUGAGAGGUGGUCGAGACCAGACAACUUGUGCCAAAACAUGUACAGGAAGCAACAAGUUCGGCUAUAAAUCAGGAAUCGUCUACCAAUAUGAAUAUGCUGGCACCGCUUCAAUCCAGAUAAAGAAAGCCUUCAGUGAUCAACCAACGAUAUCAAUGAGGACAAAAGUGGAGAUAGAACCUGUGUCCAAAUGUGAAAUGAUCAUGAGGAUCACGGAAGCCACUCUCAAUAAUGUUGAAGAUGCUUCGCAAAGCACCCGCUUCCAGCAAGCUCUUACAGAACAUUCUUUGAGAUUUGCCUUCCAGGAUGGCGUAAUCAGUGCUAUUUGCCCAGAAUCAGGUGAAUCAGCAAGGAUCUUGAACAUCAAACGUGGUAUUUUGUCAGCUUUCCAAAACUCCAUGGAUAGCUUUGACUCGUAUACCGAGACAUACGAGACUGAUGCUGAUGGAACUUGCUUGACCGCAUAUAGCUUAAUGGGGACCAAUGAUAAUGCCAUAGAAUUUACAAAAGAGAAAGACCUUCUCAGUUGUUCUAACCGAGAGCAUUACAAUAAUGCCAUGCAGUCUGUGAUGUACAAUUCUCAUUCUGAAGUGAACUCUCUACCACUGCUCAAGGGUAGUUAUAAAUGCCAUCAGAAAAUAGAUCCCUCAUCAAUGAUUUUGAAAAGGUCAGAAUGUAAAGAAGAACAAGUCUUCAGACCAUUUUCCAAUGGUGACAGUGGAGCAAUGACCGCAGUAACACAAACUUUGGUAUUUACAGGCAUUCACAAACCAGGACGUGCUGCAGAGGAAGGUUUCAGUCAUAGAACCACUUUGAUAUUUGAACAUGAACAUAAUGCAGUGAACCAGCAUGAAGCUAAACAAGAAAUUCAAGCCAACCUUCUGGAUUUCUGUAAAAACAUGGACUCAUCCAUUGGUGAAGGAUUUACUGAAAAGAUGAACGAGCUGAUUGAAUACAUCAAAGAGGCAGAUUAUGACACACUCCGAAAAGUUUACAACACUAUCUCCAGAAGCAGCUUCUGUCAAAAGAACAGUGAACGAACCAAGUUACGCUCUGACUUGAUGGGUGUUUUUGGUGACACAACUGAAGACUCCGAAAUCCGAAUCAGUACUUACAUUGCUCUGAUGAGGUGCCCCAGCGACAUGAUUGUUGAUCGAAUCCGACUCAUGUUAGAGAGAGAAAAAUCAAACCAAGUCGGAUCUUUUGUGUGGUCGCAUCUGACGAACCUGAUGGAAACAUCGGAUCCACACCGACAGGACAUAAGGUCAAUCCUCGAGGAUGAGAAGCUGAAGAAGGAGUUUAAUCUUGACAACCGCAAAUUUUCUAGAAACUACGAGAAGUCCGUCUACUUUGAAACCUUGAAUGCUGGAGCCGCAGUCGAGAGCAAUGUCAUCUUCUCUGAAAAGUCAUUUGUUCCCCGUUCUGCUAACCUCAACUUAACCAUUGAUCUCUUUGGACAUGCCAUCAACGUUUUAGAAUUUGGUGGACGUGUUGAAAACGCGGAUUCAUUGCUUGAGAAAUUAUUCUCUCAAUACGCCAUGACAAAACGUCCAAUGAAAGCAGGUGGAGAGGACAAACUUGAUAUGCUGUUUUUCAUGAGAAUAUUCGGCAAAGAUGUUAUGGUCAACAAGUUUAACAAGAACCCAAUGUCAAUGCUUGGCAAGCCUAGAACGUCUUUAUUUAAGACUAUGCAAUUUAUUGAUAGCAAAAUCACUGUGCCAACUUGCAUGGGACUCCCGUUGAAUCUGAUUGUCACGACAACUGGUGGCUUGGACUACGAGUCAAAGAAUGGUUAUGAGAAAGCCAAAUUCUUAGCUGGAUUUAAACUGAGUGCAGAGUUCCAGGUCAGAAGCCUCAUGGCUGUGACUGCUCCCUUCACUAAGAUUGGCUUGAAAAUGCUGACCACUGCCCACACCUCAAAUGAUGUCCAACUUAAAAAGGAAGGAGAAAAAAUAAACAUAAAACUACCAAAGAAGUUAGAAUUCCUUAACAUAAAGACUGAGUUCUCCACAGUCCACGAUAGGAAGACGAAGGUGCAACCGUUAAUUACUGAUGAUGUCCACCGAAUAAACUUCUGUUCCGGAGAAAGUCUGAAGGUCUUAACUGGAUUGAGAUUCUGCCAGGACAUUCAAUAUGUCAAUGCUUCAAGUCACAAAAAUGCACCAUAUUUCCCCUUCACUGGACCCAUGAAAUUUAACUGGUAUAUGAAGAAUGAAGAUGCACCAAAUGAUUAUGUGAUAGAAGCUUACUCUGCUGUGAGUAAUUUAUCUUUUUUAAUUUGA